CAGAAUUAUUAGACAAUAGACUCUGGGAAACAUUCCAAUAUUUUGCAUAUGUUUAAUAAAAAAUAAAAAUAGUGACGUGAUGGUGGAAUAUGUCAAGAACCCCUCAAUGAAAAACGCGGUCUGAACACUUUUGAUCCCGCAGCCACACCGUCCAGGGGUUGGAGUUGAGGAGCUCACGUGACCUCCGCGAGUCCUGUUUGUAAUGAAAUCCUGGCGAUGGAGUGAUGUCGGUGUGAAUUUAUACUGGUACUACACCUAUUAAAUAAUAAGCGAAGCAGCGUCUGCGUCUGUCUAUCAUUUUCAAAAUGGCUGAGAAAAACCAGGACCCGCUGAGCUAUUUUGCAGGUUAUGGCAGCAGCUCUGAGUCAGAAAGCAGCGAUUCCGAGGAGGAAAGUAAGACUUCGGUGAGAAAUAAGAACAGCAAUACCGCUGGAGGCGCACAAGGGAAUAAACCACCUGCCGGUGGAUCCGCCGCUUUACCUAAACCGGACGAACUGUUUAAAUCUGUGUCCAAACCUUCCUUCUUGUACAAUCCACUCAACAAGCAAAUAGACUGGGAACGACACACCGUGAAAGCGCCGGAAGAACCAGCAAAGGAAUUUAAAGUAUGGAAGACCAAUGCUGUGCCCCCACCAGAGUCAUACACCACAGAACAGAAGAAAAGUGCGCCCCCAGGAAUGGACAUGGCAAUCAAGUGGUCCAACAUGUACGAGGACAAUGGGGAUGAUGCCCCACAGCCUGCAGGGGAGCAGGCCCGGUUUCUACCUCCAGAUGAAGAGCCCUCUGAAUCAGAUGAUGAUGACAAAGAUGAGCCUUCGUCUGCUAAGAAGCGGAAAGUGGAAACCUUUCAGCAGAAGGAGAAAAGAAAACGUGAAGCAGGACAAGCCAGCACAGAGCAGAGCUUUGUAGAGGAGGAGAAAAGGGUUCUCAGACAAAAUUUUAAUUCUUAGCGCUUGGAGACCAACAGGACUUUAGCCUGAGAGCGUGGGCACGUGUUGACCUGCCUGUGAGGCUAACUGCAGGCUUACAUUUAAUUUUGUAAGUGUUCUUACAGUACGUAGAUGAGAAACAUACAAGGACUGCAUGCUGUAUUUGCACACAUUGUUACAAGAGAAGCCUUUUUACUAUACGCACCUUUAUGUUGUAAAAAAUAACUUUUUUUUUUUUUUUUUUUUUAAAUAGAGGAGAAGUUUAAUGUAAUAUUGUUGAUUACUGCACGAUUGACCAUGAAACAGGCACAACAAAUACUUUGGGGUUUUGUAUCAAGAAGUAGAACUUGGUUCCUUUCAACUACUUCCAACUUAAAGGAGCUAACACAAUAAUUCCAGUAAAUCUUACCUGAUAUGAACAAUCCCUUCCUUGGUCUCACAUUUCACUAUUAUAAUACCUAUUAAAUUUAAUUUUUUCGUAGCCAUUAACGAACAAUAAUUUGCUUACUGCUUUUGUACAUUUCUGUGGUGUGGCGGAUGCAGACAUUCAAAAACAUAAGACAUACUGUAGGUAAUUGGUUAUAUAUAGGUGCCUUUCACGUAGGAAAAUGUGAAGCCUAUCAAGUGAUGGAAAUUCACACUUGUGAAAUUCAUAAUAGAGUGUAAGAAGUCAUGAAUUCAUUGUGUUGUACAGCAAGCUGUCUCUGCAGUGUUUCCACCCCCAACAUUGUACUGUAUACUGCAUCUAUAUGAGUUUUUCUGAAUCUUGUAGCACAGAAUACUGAUGUACUGUAACAUUAGAGGAUUUGGUUUCACUUUCAGAGGUUGUAUUUGUAUUCUGCUGGGGCUCUCUGUGUUUUUUCCAGUUCAGACAUGGUCAUUGUUUCCUUCUUUUUAUAUGCAUUACAUUGUUGAUUAAUCAGUUGUAUUUCAGAUCCCAUCACUAAAUAACACAUUUUAUAACACAAGUGUUUUGGAAUUCCCCGUCACAUUUAAUCAGAUUCCAUGGCUGAUGCCAAGUUUGCUCUUAAUAAAAAAUAAACUAAAAAAAUAAAACUAGCGAAAACAAGGCAAUACAAUUAUGUAACUGUUCCCACCUGUAUCUAAGUUGCUUUUUGUGAGGUCAGGAAUAAUUGGGUAUACGUUUUGUAUAGUUUUGAGUCAGUGUUGUACUUUUGAUAAGCAAAGCAAAUUCUAUGUAUCUAUAGUUCAGCUACCACAGACAGGGCUGUCCUCUGACUGAUCCACAAAUUGGUCAGAUGUUUUUAUUUUCCCAAUGGUGACAGGUAGCACAUUUACCUUGUAAUUUAUUUACAAACCAGUGAUUCCAGGAUUUCACAUUAUAUAUAAUAUAAUAUCAUACCCCAGAAGCCAGAAUGACACCUUGAUAUGUUUGCACUCCCUUGUGACUGUCUGGCUGUGGGGUGAGAUGAUUUAUAUAA